GGUACAAUAUAAAAUGAUCACACCUCACCUCUCAAUGGAUAGAUUCUGCUGCAUUUUCAUACCCUAACCAACAAAAGCUGAUUAGAAGAAAGAAACCAAACUACUGUGUCUCUCCCAAGAAACUUGCUGUGUUGCAUAUCAAACUUCACUUUGUUGAAGUGAUGCAAGCACUCACAAGCUCUUGUUCUAAGGCCAUUGUUGAGAGACUAAGGUCUUCUUCUCCCAGAGAUGCUGUUCAUGUUUCUGAUAGACCCGAAUUUUGUUUCUCACUGCGUUCUAGAUAUGACAAAAAAGGCUGCAACUUUUGGCUCCUGAAACUAGUCCAAAACAACGGUAUUUACCCAGUUCAUGCUUUGCCACCAAAAUCCCAGGUGGACUUGGAAACUGAAGAGCCUCAAGCUCAACAAAGUGAACAAACAAGUGAUGCAGAUGAAUCAAAGUUUGUUCGUGUAGCAUUUCAGUUACAAAAAAUCUGUAACUUUGGCGAGCAGUUUCUAAUAGUUGGAGAUGAUCCUAAGCUUGGUUCAUGGGACCCUUUGGAUGCAUUACCAAUGACCUGGUCAGAUGGACAUAUAUGGACUGUUGAACUGGAUAUGCCUACUGGAAAGUCAAUCCAAUUCAAGUUCAUACUGAAAGGAAAAGGAGGUGAUAUUAUUUGGCAACCAGGCUCAGAUCGAAUAAUUAACACUUGGGAAACUGUGAAUAGAAUAACUGUUUGUGAGGAUUGGGAGAAUGCUGAACUUCAGAAAAUAAUAGAGGAAGAUCCACUUGCUCUAUCAAAUGAAGAACCCCAAGUUGACUCAGAAGUGUCAACUUUUGAUGAAAUUUUGGAUAACCCUCAAGAGGGAUUGGAGUCUGAUGUAUCUGAAUUAUCAGGCAUUGAAGAUAUCCAAACUAAUUCAGAGGAGAAACCACUUGCUGAACCAGUCCUGCAACAAAUCACUGGUGAUAGUGUUACUUCCUCAAUGGAGAAGUCAAUGCCUAUUGUUGCAGAAAAUAUAGGUUCCUCAGAGGAUCUCAUCAAGAGUACAAGUCACCAAGAGAAUGAAAGGAGUAUGAUUCAUCAGUGUGAAGAAUCUGCAGAUAGUCUCAGAAAUGUUGAUAUUAUACAUGAUCUUGGACACAAUGGAAAUGCUGCACCACUCAAGAAUCAGGAAAGGACAAUUCUGGACGGAAGCUUAUUAGAUUUUGAAGGAGGUCCAGUUCUUGUUCCUGGCUUAAUACCACCAACUGUGCCAACUGAACAAGCAGGUCCAGGUGAAGUUGAAGAAAGGACUACUGUGGAUACUUCAAUUGGAGCUUUUGAAACUAAGGAUCAGAAUAUCCCAGAGUUCAAUAAGGAGCAAGAAUCCAAUGAUGGCGCACCCCAAGAGAUAAAUGCAACAAUCAAUAAUGAACCAGAGUUGCAUGACAAUGAAUAUGAGGAGCAGUGUGAUUUAGACCCGGCAAUGGAAGAAAGGCCAAACUCCCAACCAGUUGAUGGUAACCUCUUCCAAAAUGACAUCCAAUGGGGCCGUGAAACGGUAAAGAAGUUUCUAACAAAACUUGGAUUGCUUUGAUGUCAACUUUACAGAACCACUGGAACAAACUUCAUUGGAAGUGAUCAUGAGUUCUAUGAUUGUUCUGAUCCAUUUGCCUAAAUUUUUAUUGGCCUUGGAAAGAUGGAUAGGUACUCAAAAUGUUCCUUGAUGAUGGCAUUUUGAGUGUAGAUACCUAUUAUCUCCUCAAGAUGUGUGUAUAUAUAUCAUGCUAUCAUAUUACUUUGAUUAUAUAUCAUUCUUUCAGUUUUGGCCACUUUUGUAUAAUACUAGGGGUUUCAUGGGCGAUAGAGAGUGCUUUGAUUAUGUAUGGCACAUAUCUAAUUUGUAACAGCUAUAUGUUCCUGAUAAAUUCUAAGAGAUGCUUUUGUUUCAGUGCACCAAAUGUU